UCGCCAAAUGCAGAGCUGCAGUUAACUAGUCCAACGACAUUUCAUCACCCUGGUCAUUUAUCACGGGGUUUUCGGGUCUUGUCAACAAUGAUGACAGAGAUUGUAAAUAAUCAGAGUAUUCCGAUAUCAGCAGGAAAGGCAUUUCAAGAUGGCGAUGAAACAGCGCGGACAUUAGAUGAGCUCCUCAUCCGAUAUCUCAAUCUUCUAGAUCAGUACCAGGCGGUCCAAGCCGAACUGGCGCAGCAGCUUUCCUCGGGCUAUCUCUCCUUGGCGCAGGCCAACAGUUCAACCCAGCAUAAUAUUCGUUACGGGCAGGAUUACUAUGAUGCUCGAAUGCAGGCUCUGCGGACUGUAUCUGUGAAGAAUGAAGCUCAAGAGACUUCAAAAUUCAAGGUAAUAAAGUCGUCAGAAUAUUCGGGAGUCGAUGUGCGGAAAAGCGAACCGGAAAAGACUCGGUCCUCGUUGGAACUCGCAGGUGAUGGAAAUGAGUCGAGGGAGGAAAAGGAGAAGGAGACCGAGUCAAGGCCAAAGACCAAGUCAAACGACCCUUUGCGCUGGUUCGGCAUUCUUGUACCGCCAGCCUUGCGAGCAGCACAAGGUCAUUUUGCGCGAGCUGUGGACGCGUCCGUUCCAGAAAUGGUCAAUAUUAUUCGCGAAAUUGAAAGUUUAGAGACAGAAAUCCAAUCUGUAAGAAAGGCAGCUAAAACGACGAGUUAAAAUAGAUCAUACAUAUUUAUUGGACAAGAGAGC